UUAUUUAUCUCUCUCUCUGUCUCUCUCUCUCACUUUUUUUUUUGUCUUUUUGGACUACCGGUUCCGGCUCGGAAGCAGGCUUGGACUGGUGGCGAAGCGCCGAGGAAGAAGAGAGGCUCGGGAACAAGCCACUGCCUCGAGACGAAAGCGUAGAUCUCGAUCCCGAAGACGAGAGCGGCAGCGGCGGCGGAGGAAGAGGAGGGGAUGAGCUCUGGCUAGGUUUUCAGGCGAAGAAUCCAGCGGUUGGUGGGUCCUAGGGUUCCACCGAUGCAACACUACAGCCUGAGGCCGGCCAAUUCCUUCAUCGGUGGCUCCCUGCACGACCUCAACACCGCUGACUCCAACCCCGGCGAGAUCGAGGGCAUCAGCGACGUCGAUCGCGACCCCGUGAACGAAGAUAGCCUGGACAACGACGACGACGAGUCCAACUCCGUGGUAACUCGGUUGCUUCCUCUUUUAGCUGACUGCGUACAUGACUCGUACAGAAACUCGAUUCCCCUUCACGGGGUUGGAGUCGACGAUGAUCGAUCCGCGCUCGAGCAUGGUGGCAGGUCGCCGAGUCCAUCAUAUAACAUACUGACCCACGAAGAUGUUUCGCCAAUAGAGACUGCAAGAGCAAGGUUCUUGCAGAUCAUCAUCGAUCAUUUCAUAGACGAGCAUGUGAUUGAAGCUGCAGAAACUUCUGAUGUUCGCUGUUAUCAGGGGAACGAGAAGGUUAACAAAAGAAAGCAACGGGAAAUCCAGUAUGAAGGUGAUCAUAGGUUUGCCUUGCCCUUGAUGUAUGUUGCGAACUUGUACGAGACCUUAGUUAACGAUGUCAAUGUCCGUCUUGCUUCCUUGGAUGGGAUCCGCGAGAAAAAUAUUGGGGUGGCUCUAGAAACUGCUGGUGGUUUGUACAGAAGACUGGCAAAAAAAUUCCCACCUAAAGGCUCUUGUAGCUUCAGGAGAAGAGAAUUGGCUACAUCACUUGCAACAAGGACCAGAUUUCCUGAGCUUGUGGUGCAAGAAGAAAAACGUGUUCGCUUCGUAGUAGUAAAUGGUUUGUCGAUCAUUGAAAAACCAAACAAUAUUGGUAUAGAUGAUGCCGACUGGUUCAAACGUUUGACUGGUCGGCAUGAGGUGGCUAUUUCAGCAAGCGAUUACAAGUUCUAUUCGCCUAGGCACAAGUACAAGCGUGGUGCUUCUCAUUCCAUGUCCAACAUCCCUGGGUUGAAUGCAAUAUCAGUAACAGAAAGUUCUUCCCAAGUGGCUAGUGCUAUCGGAUUCCGUCCAGUAAAUGAGUCCCAAAGUCAUCAUGAACCUUCACCAAAACAUCAUGUGCAACAAUCGCCACAACCUACAUAUCAUCCUCUUCACCAGGUUCAUCAUCAGAACAUUCAGCAAAGUCAGCACUCUACACACUUUUCUCACUUACAUCAGUGCCCGCAUCCUUCACAUGUGCCGGAUCUUUCUCACCAACAUCAGACACAGACAAUACCUCCGCAUCUCACAUCCUUGCAGUCCCUCUCUGGAAGUAAUCUUGGAGGAUGUUUGCAUAUACUGCCAACAAGCCCAGCAAAGUUCUGCGACGAAUGUGGAACGCCUUACUUCAGAGAGACAUCUAAGUUCUGCUCUGAAUGUGGUACAAAGAGGUUAGGGACCUCAAUAUGAAGUCAUUUGCUACCCUGAUCUAUUCUUGUAUGAUGUUUUAUCGGUGUCCUGUGAAUUAAUGUAGCUAAAUCUUGUUCAGCUGGUAGAUUCUGCUUUUAUUAGUUUGUUGAAAAUUUCCAUGAUGACCCACGUUAAUUUUCA